GUCUCCCGUGGGUGGCGCUGCGCACGCGCGGUGCGGUGCCGCGGGGAGCUCUGUCUGCCGGCUACGCUCACACCGUCCCGCCCGCCGCCAUGGCGCUGCUGCAGAGCUGCCGCUUCCUCGCCGCCCCCCGCCGCGCCGCCGCCGUCCGCGCCAGCUCAUGGUGGUCCCACGUGGAGAUGGGUCCCCCCGACCCUAUCCUGGGGGUGACAGAAGCUUUCAAGCGCGACACCAACUCCAAGAAGAUGAACCUGGGUGUGGGGGCGUACCGGGACGACAACGGGAAGCCGUACGUGCUGAGCUGCGUUCGCAAGGCAGAGGCGAUGAUAGCCUCUAAGAAGAUGGACAAGGAGUACUUGCCCAUCGGGGGGCUGGCGGAUUUCACCCGGGCAUCGGCAGAACUGGCGCUGGGUGAAAACAGCGAGGCUUUCAAGAGCGGCCGGUAUGUCACCGUGCAGGGUAUUUCUGGGACUGGAUCUCUGCGAAUUGGAGCCAAUUUUUUGCAACGGUUCUUCAAGUCCAGCCGUGACGUGUACCUACCCAAACCCUCCUGGGGCAAUCACACGCCCAUCUUCCGCGAUGCAGGCUUGCAACUUCAGGCUUACCGCUACUACGACCCCAAAACGUGCAGCCUUGACUUCGCUGGAGCCGUGGAGGACAUUUCUAAAAUUCCAGAGAAGAGCAUCAUCCUCUUGCACGCGUGUGCUCACAACCCCACCGGAGUGGAUCCCCGGCAGGAGCAGUGGAAGGAGCUGGCAGCCAUGGUGAAGGUGAGCAGUAAGGUGUCCCGGGGAUGCUGCGCGCUUCCUGGGAAAACCACCUCUGGUUUCCUCUUUCACGUACCUGGUGUCUCCUCGCAAGCACCAGCUGGACACUCUGUGACGCUGCCACUCCUUCUCUGGCAGAAACGGAACCUCCUGGUGUACUUCGACAUGGCCUACCAGGGCUUUGCCAGCGGGGACAUCAACCGGGACGCCUGGGCUGUGCGGCAUUUCAUCGAGCAGGGCAUCAACAUCGUGCUGUCGCAGUCCUACGCCAAGAACAUGGGGCUGUACGGAGAGCGUGCGGGUGCCUUCACGGUGAUCUGCAGUGAUGCAGAGGAAGCCAAGAGGGUCGAGUCGCAGCUGAAGAUCCUCAUCCGUCCCAUGUACUCCAACCCGCCCCUGAACGGAGCCCGCAUCGCCUCCAUCAUCCUGAACACCCCUGAGCUGCGAAAGGAGUGGCUGGUGGAGGUGAAGGGCAUGGCUGACCGGAUCAUCGGCAUGCGGACUCAGCUGGUGUCCAACCUCAAGAAAGAGGGAUCCUCCCGCAACUGGCAGCACAUCACCGACCAGAUUGGCAUGUUUUGCUUCACAGGGCUGAAGCCUGAGCAGGUGGAGCGGCUGAUCAAGGAGUUCUCCAUCUAUAUGACAAAGGACGGCCGAAUCUCCAUGGCGGGUGUUACGUCGGGCAACGUAGGUUACCUGGCUCAUGCCAUCCAUCAAGUCACCAAGUAAAGACAGAGCGUGCUCUGGAGCUGUUGGCCUUCCCCGCUGGUGGAAGAAGGGGAAGGAAAGGAAGCAAGCAGAAUACUUCCAACCACAGCACUUAACGCCGCUGCUGAAUGUAUCUUGUAGAUGAGUUGUUGUAGAAGCCUAGUCAAAAUCGCACCACGUUGUGGAGCAGGGACAUCAUUGCUGGCUCCCACUUGUCACAGCCAUUCUCCACUGCUGCUCGUCCUUUGUCCAUCAGCCCCAGCACCCAUCUGCACUGGAGGAAGCAAAUGGUUAGCGCUCUGCCAUCCUACCUGCGUAGGCACCGAAGGCAUCCCCAUGCUCAUUUCUCCACGAGAAGGCUUUGUGAGGCUGCUCGCCCAGGCAGCAGUGGUCAGGGAGCGGGGUGGGCUGAGGGGGGCUGUUUGGGUGCACUCCUGUGUCCUCCUCAGCCUGUCCUGCUGCAGCUUCCCUCCUCUUCCACCUCCUGCUGCUGAGCUCAGGGCCAGGCAGCGCUGAAGCUGCCCUCCAACAACCGAUGUAAAGGCUCUGAGGACUUGUAACUACUAAAAUGUGCUCCAUUGUGGGCUUUGCUCUUUCCAUCUGGGAAUCUGUCAAGUGUAAUUCGCGGUGGCGUUAGUGCGUGUGGCAGACCCCUGUCACUGCUCUGAACCUCCCUUCCCGUGCUAUAAGGUGAAAAUUUCUCGCCCUUCAAUAAGAACCUCCUCUGAAAACUG